CUUGUUUAAUAGUUCCAAUUGACCUUCCACGUUUUGGAUUUCUUUUCAAUGUCUGUUUGUGAAUCAAACGAAAAGCCCUACUCAAGGAGUUACAUCCACCUAGAAAACUGUGAUAAAAAUGACUUAAAAAUACGUAUUAUGCAGUGGAACAUGCUUGCUCAGGGUAGGUUUAUAGCUGUAGACCUUUAUUUAUUUCCAAAAUACAGGCUUUGUUCCGUUGGACGAAUUCAUAUACUGUCCUUGUAAAAUGUUGUCGUUUGAACGUAGAUGUAAAUCAAUCAGUGAAGAGAUCCUGCGUUAUGAUCCAGAUAUUGUUUGCUUACAAGAAGCAGACAUAAUUAAAGACAUAGUAAAAAGUCUCAACGCCAGCAGUGGGAGAGAUAAUUAUUCGUUUUGUUUUCUACCAAAGAUGUCUUCUCCUUGUUUGAUGGUUAAAAAUAAUCACGGGCCUGAUGGACUUGCUGUUAUUUAUCGGAAUGAUAAUUAUGAACUGAUAAAAUCUGAAAAGAUUCCUCUCAAUGAAGACAAUUCACGUUAUGCUCUUUUUUGUCACUUCAUACCCAAAGAUGUUGGACACUUAAACAAGAGCUGCCCUGAUAUCUACCUAAUAUGUCUUCACUUAAAAGCUAAGGUAUAUUGUUCUGAGAUACGAAGAAAACAAGGAGAAGAACUUGUUAAAUAUUUAAAUUCAUUUAUCAAGCGUAUUUCUUCCACUUCUGCACCCGUAAAUAGUACUGUAUUUCCUCCUAUUUUUAUUUGUGGUGAUUUCAAUGCUGAACCUACAGAACCAGUAAUUAAUAUUUUACAAAAUUUCUCCUUGAAUUCUAACACACUGUACAAGCUCACAAGUGCUUACUACGUAGCAGGUGGUUGUAAAGAACCUGAAUUUACUACAUGGAAAAUCAGAAAAAGUAAACGAAUUGUAGAACUUACCGAAGACUGUCACACGAUUGAUUAUAUUUGGUACUGUGAUCGACUAUGCACUUUAUUAGGUGCUUGGUCCAUUCCAUCCAAAACUGAAAUUGGUCCUAAUGGUCUACCGUCAGCUAUAUUUCCAUCAGAUCAUAUGAAUUUAAUUGCAGAUUUUAGUUUACGUUUAUGCUAGUAGUAUAUAUUCUUCUUUGAUCUAUCACUUUUUUGAUAAACAUUAUUUUCAUCAUAUUUACUGCUUGAAUUGGUUUUUUCAUUGAUUUAAAUAUAGUUUAAUAUAGCUUCGAGUCAGUUGAUUAACUUUGGUUGUUAAUUUGCAUGAAAUAAGAGAUCAAGUUCUUAUUAACGCUUUACUGAAAUCUUAUUUUUAUGAUCUUUAUUGAAUAAACUGUGUAAAUAUGUUUUGACGAUUUAUUUCUUUAAAGCGUAACUUCGAAUUUUAAUUUUUUCCCUGAUUAAAUUCUACUUCAGUACUAGUUGCUUAAAAUCCUAUCUCUUUUACUUUAUAUAUCUGAGUAAAUUAAAUUAAAUACAUUGUCACUUUAUCGCAGCUUAAAGACAUGAGUAGUCAAGUGAUUUCGUUUUUUAACAACUACAUUGACUUUGAUUCACGUCUUAGUUUCACAGUCAUUGAUAAGUUUACAUUCAUUUGAGAAAUAAAUCAUAAUGCAGCAUCCCUCUAUAAA